AUGCAGAACGAGUGGUUAGACAUAGGAGAUUUUUGCAUUCCACUAGCACUAAAAUGGCGCACCCUAAUUCAUGACUGGUCGCCAGCCUUGCUAAAAUUUUAUCUCAAUGCGUUCCAGAUGACUCUCCCAGAUCAGAGUAAUUUAGUAAGAUGGGGUAAAGGUACCGAAAAAACUUGCUAUAUCUGCGGAAAGGCAGUUGGAACUGCCAAGCAUUUGCUGGUGGGAUGUAAGGUUCUCCUGGACAGCGGUCAAUACUCGCGUCGUCACGAUAGGGUUUUAGAGAUCAUACGUUUUGUGAGAGAGGGCACCAGGGCUAUAAAAUCAAACGUCAAGCCUUACUCUAUCCUUAAAGCGGCUUCGGAUUGGACUAUCAUGAUGGAUACGUAUGAGAAACAAUACAAAAUCCCCGAGGAUAUUUGUGCGUCGGCCUCCAGACCAGACAUAUUUCUAUAUUCGCGUAUUUUAAAGCGCGUUGUGAUGAUAGAGCUUACGGUGCCUUGGGAAACCAACAUCCCCAAAGACCAUGCCAUCAAGGUCAAUAAGUAUUACGAGCUCACUAACGAACUAACUCGAAAUAGGUUCGUCGUUGAUUUGUACGCGGUAGAGGUGGGAGCGAGAGGUAUAACAGCUAAAUCUCUCUAUAACCUACUAAAAGACUUGGGCCUGUCCAGAACUAACAUUAAUUCAUUCUUAGAACGUACGUCGAAGGCAGCCCUAGUAGGUUCUUUUCAAAUUUGUUGGUUAGGUAGGGAGAGGAACUUGGACAGUGGAGUCCGAGAGGGGGGGCGGAAGAUCUGUCCACCGGUCGAUUUAAACGGCGAAAACGGCGCGAAUACGGACUUGAAAUGCCCUACGUGCGGGAAAAAUUACAAGAGACGAGCCUGGUACAUUAAACACCUAAAAACACAUAAUGGUGUUGAAGCGCGACAAUCGUUGGUAAGUUCUUCAAUUAUCACUUCGGAUAGAGUUGACCCUCACGUAUCCCAUGGUGAACCAUUAACUGGAAACCACCAGGAGUCCAUUAACAUCCGGACACGUCUUAGCAUUCCUAACAUGAAACAAUCGACUUGGAAAGUUCACGACGACAAUUUAGCGGUCCUGUUAGAGCAUCCGGGCUCGAAGCAGGAAUUGAACUCGCAGGUAGAAACUUUCCAAAAUACCGUUUAUGACUACUUCAACGAGCAAUAUCCACCACGUAAUCAUUACGCUCGCAAAAAUAAAGAAAAUUCGUUCAAGACAAAAAUGAGGAAGAAAAAACGGGAAUUAAUAAAAAAUCUACGUAUAGCCAAAGCUCUAGGCGACAACCACCUUAGUCAUCAGCUAGCUAGGGCGUUAAGGUCAAUCCUUAAAUUAAUUCAAGGAAUAUCGGCACAAACUGCAGAAUAUCGCGGUAAUUUUGACCGGGCCAAACAGGAAGUUGAUUUUGAUAAAAACCCUUUUGAGUAUUCGAAAACCAUUUUUAAGAAAGAACGCGGACAGCUUCUCUUGACCAACGAUCAAAUUUACGACCAUUUCAAGAGCACAUACGAAGUGCCUAAAAGUGUAAGGCUCUAUACGGAUCCAAACGAACAAAAACCGGAAAUUCCUCAUAUCGAUUUUCACGGCAUACCACCAACGUUAGACGAAAUAAGUAGUCACAUAAAGAGGAAAUCAUCUAAAUCUGCACCGGGCCCCGAUGGUAUCCCAUAUAUAGUCUUUAAAAAAUGUCCAUCGGUUCGUAAACACCUCAUAAAUAUAUACGGCAAAAUCUGGUCAAGGAAGCAAAUCCCGGAGUGUUUCGGGAAAGCAAUUUUUGUCCUCAUUCCCAAAAAAGAUCGAGUUACCGAUCCGAAGGAUACUAGACCGAUAGCCUUAACAAAUACAAUUUCUAAAAUCUUUUUCUCGGUCCUACAAACGAGAAUGACGCGAUUCAUGCUCAGCAACAAGUAUUUUAGGCCAAAUCACCAGAAAGGGUUUCUACCCGGGAUUUCUGGAUGCCUAGAACACAACACCUUGCUGUCGGAGAGUUUGAAAGAUGCUAGAAAAAGCGAGCGGCAAAUUACAGUUUGUUGGAUAGACUUAGAGAACGCGUUCGGGUCGAUACAACACGAGUUGAUGCUAUUCGCGCUUAGAUGGUACAACUUUCCACCCCUAGUUAGAGAUAUGAUCGCGUCGUAUUACUCAAAAUUAAGGUUUUCUAUAAUAACUAAAGAAGGCCCUUCAAAAAGUUUGAGUUAUAAUGUAGGACUGUUUCAAGGUUGUUGUCUAUCUCCAAUUACGUUUAAUAUCGUUAUUAACAUCUUAGUAGACAAAUUAAUCUGUAACGAGAAAAAAUGGGGUUAUCGGUUUAAGUUUAAUAAUAAAUACACGGAAUCUAUUUUAGCCUUCGCUGACGAUCUCGCAAUACUGACACGUCACCCCAAACACUGUCAAGUACUAUUGGAUGAAGUGGAUAAAUUCUGUGAGUGGACGGAUGGAUUGAGGACAAAACCAAGUAAAUGUCACUGUUUGUGUCUUGGUAGGCGGAAUACAAGAUACACCUCAUACGAUCCGGGACUAUCGAUAGGCGGUCAAUGCGUUUCUACGGUUACGGAAGAUGCACCAUUCAAGUUUCUCGGUCGUAAGAUUGAUAAUAUAGGUCGUACUCCAUCUUUAGAAGGAAUAGUAGAUAGCUUUUUAAAUGAUCUUAACAAGGUAGAUAGCCAGCAGAUCAGUAACGUAAAAAAAGCAUGGAUCUACGAUAAUUACUUAACUUCACGUUUGAAUUGGCCUUUCCUCGUCUAUGAUUUUAGUAAAACCCUUUUAUCUAAAUUAGAUGCAGGCGUCAUAAAGAUGUUGAAGUUGUGGCUCGGGCUCGCGCUAACGGCUGACUCAUCGGCUUUAUUCAGGGAUCGUAAUAGUUUUGGGAUGAAUCUAAAAAGACCAUCGGAGCUCUACAAACACCUAAGAGUUUCCAAGAGACAUAUCCUGGGAAAAUCCCAUGAUGACGUCGUUACAUCACUCCCAAAAGACAAUGAUGCCCCAGAGCUAGAGUCACGACUUCAAUUCCAUAAACAAUUUAUGAUCGGAGCGCAAAAUAACAGAGUAGGGUUAGGAUCAAGUAGGAAAGUCCAAGAUACGGAUAUAUUGAAGUCUUUUAUUCGGCAAGACGAGAACGAUAAAUACAAAAUCCAUGCAAUGAGUUUAGAAAUGCAGAACGAGUGGUUAGACAUAGGAGAUUUUUGCAUUCCACUAGCACUAAAAUGGCGCACCCUAAUUCAUGACUGGUCGCCAGCCUUGCUAAAAUUUUAUCUCAAUGCGUUCCAGAUGACUCUCCCAGAUCAGAGUAAUUUAGUAAGAUGGGGUAAAGGUACCGAAAAAACUUGCUAUAUCUGCGGAAAGGCAGUUGGAACUGCCAAGCAUUUGCUGGUGGGAUGUAAGGUUCUCCUGGACAGCGGUCAAUACUCGCGUCGUCACGAUAGGGUUUUAGAGAUCAUACGUGAAGCGGUUAGUCUUUCGGUAGCCAGAGCGCAAAGGGAAAUAACCACAAACGAGCGAUCAAUAGGUUUUGUGAGAGAGGGCACCAGGGCUAUAAAAUCAAACGUCAAGCCUUACUCUAUCCUUAAAGCGGCUUCGGAUUGGACUAUCAUGAUGGAUACGUAUGAGAAACAAUACAAAAUCCCCGAGGAUAUUUGUGCGUCGGCCUCCAGACCAGACAUAUUUCUAUAUUCGCGUAUUUUAAAGCGCGUUGUGAUGAUAGAGCUUACGGUGCCUUGGGAAACCAACAUCCCCAAAGACCAUGCCAUCAAGGUCAAUAAGUAUUACGAGCUCACUAACGAACUAACUCGAAAUAGGUUCGUCGUUGAUUUGUACGCGGUAGAGGUGGGAGCGAGAGGUAUAACAGCUAAAUCUCUCUAUAACCUACAAAAAGACUUGGGCCUGUCCAGAACUAACAUUAAUUCAUUCUUAGAACGUACGUCGAAGGCAGCCCUAGUAGGUUCUUUUCAAAUUUGGUUAGGUAGGGAGAGGAACUUGGACAGUGGAGGUGAGCGUAUAACGCGCUCGGCCAAUCCUGACAAAGCGUCUUCCUCGGCGCGCUUCUCGUUACGGUCAGUUGUCAGUGAAGCAACUGCAGCUGGAGGGCCGCCACUGCGGCUGGAGGGCCGCCACUGCGGCUGGAGGGCCGCCACUGCGGAUGGAGAGCCGCCAUUACAUCCAGCCGCAUUGGUACUCGGUCGAAGUGACAGUGCUGAAACGUGUGAAAAUUAA